UUCGCAGCUCAAUUCUUCCUCUGCGUUGGUGGGUUCGUGACGAGCACGGUGGUCCAUGCGGCACUCGGCUUUCCAGCUCUACACGGAUUCGCCGUGGUCGGAGGAGCCCUCUGGGCCACCGCUAAUGCGUUCGCGAUCCAGAUCAUGAAUCGCCUCGGCAUGGCGCUUUCGAUUCUCGUCUGGAACACCUUGUCUUGCCUGACUGGAUGGGCAACAUCAAGGUACGGCCUUUUCGGGUUACCAGCAGCUUAUCCGGCAAGCUUCACGUUGAAUUACAUGGGAAUUACACUGCUCAUCAUUGGAGGUGCAAUGUACAUGUUCGUGAAGUCUAAUGAGCGGAUCAGCACGGCUGACUCAACAGUGAAUUUCAUUGCUGAAAAGAAACAAUGUGCAUUUGAUAUUCCGAUGGUUGACGAGGAAAUACGAAAACUCUCAUUAGCGGAACGGAUCGGGUACGUCCAUUACAAACGAUCACUCUCAACCGAAUAA